UAAAAAAGUUCUAAUUACUUUUUGAGUCAUUAGCCAUUUUUUAAUCGUAUUGUAUAGUUAAGAAAAUCUCAUUGGAGCCAAAGUUAUUAUUGAAAUUUCUAAAAUGGUGGCACUAGUAUUCAGAGUGCAGGGACCCAAGUGUUUGCCAACUUAAAUCUAAGUGCUGGUUGGAAAAUGUGAGAGGAAUGUCAUAUUUUGUGAAAAGACGUACGUGAAUCGAUUGGAAUCACGGAUCUAAAACUAGCAGCUGUUCGCUUUGACAAUAUCUCUGUUCGGGUGUUGUCAGUUCUCAGGGGCGUAUUCUUCAUUGAACGGGAACAAUUUUUCUGGAUAGAAUAACAAUGGAUGCAAGAAGAAAGUCAAGGAACGGAAUAUCGAGGAGUGAACUUUGGAACCAUCGAAUUGUUGGAGGGACUUAAUGGACGUAGAUAAAUUUUAUGUAAUUCUGAGGUUAGGGAGAGUUACUAACUAUGAAGAGCCCCAUAGCACAACAUUUGAACGGGGACAGCUCUCCCCCUGUUACACCUCAAGGUGCUGUACCCUGCUUAAUCUCAUGCCACGCUGAUCUGGCUAACAGCUUUCAUGUCUUAAAGACAGGGCCACGAGACCCUAGUGGCUAUUUAGCUAAUAGUGUGGCUACUCGGAUAGGUAAACGACAAUUAGUUUCCUUAAAUGGAGAUUCUGUCCACUGUAAUAGUGUAUCAAUGGAUGAAGCAUUGGAGAGCGAUGUGGCAUCUGUGACAACUCCAAAGACUAAAGCUCUGUGCGUACACAUACGAGAGAACAAAUGGUAUGAUGCAGCUAAUACUGUGAUAUCAACUGGUGUUAGUGGUACUACAUUGAAUCAUGCCUUGGAAAGUAUGUCUAUCGCUUAUGAUCCUUCUACCAAAAGGAUAUACUCAUUGGACGAGGUAAGCAUCAAUAAUGGUACGCACCAUAUACCUAUGUCAGAGUCACCUGAAUCUCUGGAGGAUCCUCAAAUGCAAUCCUCUAGUCUCAUUGCAAAAAUCGAUGCUGAUGAAUGCGUAAAUAACAAUAGCACUAGUGUGAAUAACAGUCCCAGGAGUAGUUUACCACGAUCCUGUAGCAGCACAGUAUCAUCUCUUAGCGAAGUUUCACCAUCUGGAAGUUUGCUAGGACCUGAUGAAAGGCAGAUCUCACCAGACAAACCAAAGCGAUGGCCACUGACUACAUUCUUCUCAAAGACCUUUACAUGGAAGCAGAAGGAAUCUGGUCAAUCCACUCCUGCAAGUAGUCCUUCUAGAAAUGUUGACAAGGUUGGUGGUAGUACAGCAUUGAUUCAACAACCAAGACCAGCAAAUCUGCCAGCAAAAAGUGCUCUAGAAGAGGAACGUCAUCGUAAGCAAUACAAUGCUAUCCUGGAAGCAGCUCGGAAGAGAGAACUGCGCGAGGAGAAGGAACGCAGGCAACUGCGUGAGCAACAACUCAAGGAAGAAGAAAGACUCACAGAGGAUUCUCAUACGUGGAACACGUUGGUUCUACCGCGUUUCGAAGCUCUCAAGGAUACGAAGAAAGUUCGCGAAUUAUGGUGGCGCGGUCUUCCUCCCAGUAUUCGUGGUCGUGUAUGGAAACUAGCAAUUUGUAAUCAUCUGAACAUAACGCCAAAUCUUUAUAAUCUUUGUCUAGAUCGAGCCAUGUCCAAUCCGACAAACGAAUCCCUUACAGCGAUAAAACUUGACGUAUCCCGGACCUUCCCUACUCUGUGCGUCUUUCAAGAAGGAGGACCAUUAUCGAAAACCCUGCAAGAUGUUCUAGCAGCCUAUUCCGUCUACAGACCAGACGUAGGCUAUGUCCAGGGUAUGAGCUUCAUAGGAGCUGUAUUAUCCCUAAAUAUGGAUCCAGCAGAUGCCUUCGCCUGUUUCGCCAACCUACUAAACCACCCUUGCCACAGGGCGGCUUUUACUUUGGAUCAGAAGUCCAUGAAUGGGUACUACAAAGUAUACAGCGAUGCCUUGGCUCACAGAUUACCCAAAGUACACGCUCAUUUCACAACAGCCGGUCUCAGCCCUGAUCUGUACCUUCUGGAUUGGCUAUACACAAUCUACGCCAAGGCGAUGCCUCUUGAUGUCGCCUGCAGGGUCUGGGAUGUGUUUCUUAGGGACGGCGAAGAGUUCCUAUUCAGAACUGCUCUCGGCGUUUUACAUCUUUAUCAAGAGGAACUCCUGGAGAUGGAUUUUGUUCGGGGUGCCCAGUUUCUCACCAGGUUGCCAGAGAACUUGCAAUCUGAAGCUUUAUUCAACAGUAUUAGCCAAAUGUCCACGACUGUCGGUGCUGCCACCUUUCAGCAGAUGCUGGCACGUCUUGACGAAUAAUUAACAUCUUACCGCUUAUUCUAAUUGCGAAUAGCGUGUACUCCCGUACUCCACAUAUUUGUAUGUUCUAUUCAGUAAUUCCGGCUGUAUCUCUUUCAAUUAAAAAAAAAUCUACGAAUGUCGAUAAGGAAAUUAACAAACAUGGCUACCGAGCUCGCAAUUGCUUCCUUCUUGUACAUUACUAACAAAAAGGAUCAAUGGUGUGAAUCUCUUAAAAAUGUCUUAUUGGAAUUAUUGAAUAUGACUCAAAACAUAUAUUAAAAGCAGCCGGAUUAAUACUUACAUACAUACAUAAACACAUAAAUUUAAUACGAAGCUUUCAAAUCUUUAAAAGCUUUCGUCGAUGAUCAUUGAUCCCUGAUCGAUCCAGCUAAUCUUUGCCGUCUAAUCAUCAAAUUUUUAAUGAACAUGUCAAAUUCUCGUGUUUAAUUUCAUCUUCUCUUUAUCAUUAUCCAACAAUUAGAAGUCAUGCGCCUGUUUAGUGGCCUUUUACAAGAUACGAUAAGACAGAUUUAAAUUUAAACCGAAACCUCGUGGAUUGAUAAUGCACAUCGCAAAUGUGUCGACCGUCGAGGUUCGCCAGCAGCGAAGAGAUAUAAUUUUUUAAAAUACUUUAUACGUGCAGCGCGUGAUAAAAAUAAUGAACGCGCAGUCUAAUACUCUGAAACCUCUCUUAGUAUCUUAUUAUAUUUUAUCUCUAACAAUAAGAUUGUUCAGAGCUACGAAACUCCUGCUGGAAAAAAAUAUAUAUAAAAUCGUCGCUUGCGCGUCAAGCUUAACACAAAAUAUAAUACAUAAUUAUCCAGAGGAAUGAAUGGUCGCAUUACGUAUACUGUGGCCAAGAAUCUUCUGUGUAACGUAGCGCUUUAAAUGCGUGAUACAUUUUUAUCAAAUAAUUUAGGAACGGCCGCAUAAAAUGCAACUGCCAAUUCGAUCUUAGGCCUUUUUCAAUUUUUUCCCACAACUUUUUUAUAUCGAAAGAAAAAAAUCAUUGUGGGAAUAGGAAAUUGCGCUUCACCUGCACAGAGUUUCUUGGGCGCAGAACAUCCGAAAUGGAUACGCGAUUAAUUUCCUAGUCUUCGGUCGACAAUACUCGUACUCCAUCCGCUCUAUCGAACUACUUUCGACCUACUCACUAUUCGCUGAUAACGAUAAUAGUAAAUUAUUCAUUUGUAAAUAAAUACUCACUGGAUAUUGAACGCAAAAGUAUCCGGCGAUUGAUGUAAUAAUAUUUAUCCUUAGUAUAUUUGUAUACGGCGACAAUUCGCAUGCGGAUUGAUAAUAAUGAAUAAAUGCCACUUUGUCGUGCCUGGGGAUUCCCAUAGUUUUAGGGAAUCCACAUAUACCGACCGAUCUAUAACGAAUUAUAUUUGUGCGAUAUACAAGCGCGCGUCGCUCGAUCAUUCAAGAUUGUCUAGAUUAAUGAUGGAAAUUAUCGUAGGUAAUCUAGAAGCAAUUAUAAGACAUCUUUUGUUUCAUGGAAUCACAUUUGAAUUUAAUAAGUAUUAUUAAGUUCGAUUGUACUUGUUCCGCUGUCGUCACGUUCAAUAUGGCGAAGAUUUAUAAAGAAUUUUACGUGCCAAUCUCUCUAAUUGGGAUUUCAUGCAAAUCCCAAAAAAUAAGAAAAUUUGCUCCUUCUACGAGACGACAGUGAAAAAAAAUAUUAAUAAAUACAGAGACAUAAUUAGUAUUUGAAUAAUUAAAAUUUCAAAUAUGUCCCGAGGAUCUUUGUACUAAUUUAUGAAAACAGGUCGGAUAAUUGGCAAAAAUUUGUUAAUCCUCAAUGCGAGAUCAGUGGUCGUUUUAUAUGUAUUUUGAAUAUCUUAUCGUGUACAGUAUCGUGAGUUUUUUAGUUGUAACAUAUUUUUUGACAAAUCAAAAGUGAUAUUUGUAACUAUAUUGUUCAAUUUAACGGGUUGUCCGUAACAGAACUCGAUAGAUAUAUUAAUUUUUUACGUAAAAUCUUGCGUCGGGACGCUAUCCAGUCGCCACGAUUAAAGAAGCAUAUAGACGAGAACUCGAAAUCGAAAUAUGAAAUUAAUUUCUAUGAGUUUUGAAUCUCAUUAAGCAUAUCGUUUACACUGUGCUUUCCAAUCUAGUGAAUUUCGAGUUUUCGUCAACUUCCGGUUAAAAUUAUCUGUACAGAGUGGCAUGCUUACUUCCUAUUUGCGUGUACAAUGUGAAUUUCAAUAAUAGCUUUUGUAUGACGAAGGGAAUAAUAAUAAAAAUAUAUGUAUACACAUGGCAAA